GAUGGCGGAGGGCAGUAACGUGCCGUGUUGCGCCUAAACUGCCGGAAAUGACAUUAGACGAAGAAGAAAGAAGGGCCCCUUUUAGACUGUAAACACCACGCGUUAUCACCGUAAAGAUGGAGGCCUUGUAAUACGUCCAUGCUUGUAUGUUGACGUGUAGCAUUUAUCACUAUUCUCAAUUUCUCAUGGUUCUAACGAGUUAAUGAACAAAAAUUUGAUGAGUGAAAAUGUCUCGUUUAAUCAUUAAGAAUCUCCCGAACGGGAUGAAGGAGGAGAGAUUCCGUGGAAUGUUCUCUGCCUUUGGAACCGUGACUGAUUGUGGCCUGAAGUUCACCAAGGAUGGAAAGUUCCGCAAGUUUGGCUUUGUGGGUUUUCGAACGGAAGAAGAAGCAGAGAGAGCGAUGAAACAUUUCAAUAAGAGCUUUGUGGAUACUUCCAGAGUGACGGUGGAAUGGUGCAAGUCCUUUGGUGACCCCACUAAGGCCAAGUCCUGGAGCAAACACACCCACCAACCCAAGCCUGAUGGCAAUCAGAAACAGAAUCUGAAGGAAUCAAAAAUGGACAAGAAGAAUAAAAAGAAAGAUGUUCCCACUCUUCUUGGAGAGUUGGAACAAGAUGAAGGCUUCCAGGAGUUUGUCACUGUUCACCAGAACCGCACCCAGGUUCCCACAUGGGUCAAUGAUACACUAAAUGAAGGAGCAGAUCUCAGCAGUAACAGGGAAGACCAGAGGAAAAAAAAGACAAAGAAUAAAGAAAUCAUCGAGGACUACCUCAACUUUGACUCGGACCACUCUGCAGACAUGAGUCCAGAUGAGGAAGAAGAGGAUGAGGCGGAUGGGCAAACGUCUACAAAGGAGGCUCUGAAGACUGGCCUGUCAGAUAUGGAUUACCUGCGCUCCAAGGUGGUGGGAACAUCAGGAGAGAGCAUGGAAGGAGAUGGAAAAUCUGGUGAUGGUGAUAAACCUGAUGACAAUAAAGAGGAGAAACACAGCAAAACAUCCAAGCAAGAGACGGAGCCUACCACUGAUUUCACAGUGAAGCUUAGAGGAGCUCCGUUCAAUGUCAAGGAGCAACAAGUACGCGAGUUCAUGACACCACUGAAACCUGUGGCCAUUCGUAUCGUGAAGAAUACCCAUGGCAACAAGACAGGAUAUGUGUUUGUGGACUUGCGUUCUCAGGAGGAGGUGAAUAAGGCCCUACAAAAGAAUAAGGACUAUAUAGGGGGCCGUUAUAUUGAAGUGUUCCAAGACAGUGGUGUCAACAGCGACAGGAAAGGGGCUCCUGUGAAGAAGCAGGACACCAUGGCACAAACAUUCCACCGGGACCUGAAAGAGGAUGAAGAGGAGGAAGACCUAUCUGAGUCUGGCCGACUCUUUAUCAGGAACCUCCCCUACACCUGCAAUGAGCAGGAAUUGACUGACAUUUUCACUAAGCAUGGUCCUUUGUCAGAGGUACAUUUUCCCAUUGACAGCUUGACCAAGAAGCCCAAAGGCUUUGCCUUCAUCACCUACAUGAUCCCAGAACAUGCUGUGACGGCACUAGCUGACCUCGAUGGGCACAUCUUCCAGGGGCGUAUGCUGCACAUCCUGCCGUCCACAGUGAAGAAGGAGAAGUCUGAUCAGAGCUCUUCUGCCCCAGGCUCCUCUUCCUACAAGAAGCAGAAAGAUGCCAAGAUGAAGGCAUGCAGUACCAGCUCACACAAUUGGAACACACUAUUUCUGGGCGCUAAUGCAGUUGCUGAUGCAAUUGCUGAAAAAUACAACACCACGAAGAGCCAUGUGCUUGACCAUGAAUCUCAGGGAAGUUUGGCUGUACGGAUGGCUCUUGGUGAGACCCAGAUCAUCCAGGAGACUCGGCAGUUUCUGCUGGACAACCACAUCUGCCUAGACUCCUUCAGUCAGGCUUCAGGUCCCCGGAGUACCUCGGUCCUGCUGGUGAAGAACCUUCCGGCAGGUGUUCAGGUCUCUGAGCUAGAGGCCCUAUUCUCACCCCAUGGUUCCCUGGGCCGUGUCCUCCUCCCCCCCUCUGGCCUGACUGCUAUCGUGGAAUUCUUGGAGCCUACUGAGGCAAAACGGGCAUUCACUAAACUGGCUUACACCAAGGUGACUACCAUAGGUCAACCUUUACUCGUACAAAAAAUAUAUAACAUUAAUACUGUUUUUGGUGAAAUGUGUUCUACAUGUGAUAAAAGAAAUGAGUCCAAGAAUGCAGUCUCUGCUGAUGAAGAGUGCAGUGAUGAGGAGUGUGUGCCAGGCUCCACACUUUUCCUCAAGAACCUCAACUUCAGCACCACGGAAGAGACUCUCCUGGAGGUCUUUUCAAAGUGUGGUGUGGUGAAGAACUGCACAAUCUCCAAGAAGAAGGACAAAACAGGUCACCUGCUGUCAAUGGGCUUUGGGUUUGUGGUUUACAGGAACCCCCAAGCAGCACAGAAGGCCUUGAGACAGCUGCAGCACUGCACUGUGGAUGAGCACCAGCUGGAGCUGAAGAUCUCCGAGAGAGACGCCAGGCCCAGCGCACUACGCUCUCGCAAGAAGCAGACAUCCAAGAAGCAGACAACCUCAAAAAUCCUAGUGCGUAACAUCCCCUUCCAGGCGUCUGUUCGGGAGCUGCGGGAGCUCUUUAGUACAUUUGGGGAGCUGAAUACUGUCCGCUUACCCAAGAAAGUCGGUGGGACAGGGUCACAUCGGGGGUUUGGCUUUGUGGAUUUCCUCACCAAACAGGAUGCCAAGAAAGCAUUUGCUGCUCUGUGUCAUAGUACCCAUCUGUACGGCCGCCGUCUAGUUCUGGAGUGGGCUGAUUCAGUGGAGACUGUAGAAACUCUCAGGAAAAGGACAGCCCAACACUUCCAUGAUGCACCUAAGAAGAAGAAACAGUCUGAGGUAAUGGAGGGGAUAAUGGAGGGGAUAGAGAGAGGAGAAGAGGAGGACUGAAGGAAAGAAGCAUGAUGACAUUCAGACCUAAAAUAACAUUUUGGUUUCAGGGCCUGUUUAUGACCUUGUUUAGUUUGUGAAACUUGUGAAUAGACCAUAUUUCUAUAUAGAAUUGUUGAGUGGCCUGCAGUGAUUAGUAUUAAAUUAAUAUUUUGAUAUUUUAUAUUGCUGGGCAUUUCAGAGAUUUUAAUAAAACAGUGGGCUCCAGAAUGAUUGACAGCAUUGAGAAAUAUGGACAAAAAUACUGUAAGCUAGAAAAGAAUAGUUAUUAACAUUUUAUUUUACAGCAUGUGGAAAGUAGUGUGAUCUAUGAAAGAUUCAAUUGAAUCAACCAAAGUCUUACAUUUGUCAAAUAAAUGUAUUUCCAAAGAAAUUGGCACCCCUGGUUUAAUACUUAGUGCAAACAUUUCUGGCAAGUAUGACAGUCAUGAGUCUUUUACUAGAAUUUGAUAAAACAUUUGGGAUUUUUCACCUUUCCUCAAUGCAGAUUAGACUCAUUGAUAUCCUUGGGUUUGUAAUCCUUCCUUCAUUCAGACCACAGGUUGUUGAUGGGAUUUAAGUCUAGAGACUGAGAUGGCCUUUGCAGAACAUGGAUGUUUUUUUCAAUCACCUUACCUAUGUGGAUUUUGAUGUUUGUUUGAAAUCCUGCUGGACAAUCUACCUAUGACCAACUCUCAGCUUCCUAGCAGAGACAGCUAGAUUUAGCAAUUUGUUGACUACAUUGUGCCAUUGAUCUUGCCCCUGGACCACUGGCAGCAAAACCUCUCCAAACCAUGAAUGACCCACAUCCAUAUUUCACAGUAGGAAUUAAGUGCUUCUUGUUUGCGUUCUGCCAAACAUGUUUAUGGUGGUGUGUGUAGGACCAAAACAUUCAACUUUGAUCUGACCAUAGCACGCUCUUCCAGCCAUAAUUCCAAUGAGGUUGGGCAAACUCCUUGAUGCUUGGUUUUGUUUAUUGUUCUCAGUAAAGGACAUCUUCGUGCUCCCCUUCCAAAUAGUAUGGAAGUGGCAUUUUAUGGUUCUUUUUGAGACUUGGUGACUCCAAGAUGCAAUUUUAGGUUUCCCAUUUGAUUGUACCCAUCAGCAGACCUGUGGUCAUCUGUCUCUUCUGAAUUCAGUUCUUUGACUUUUCCCAUGUUGAUGGAUUACAAAGGGUUUUGCAUGCUUGUUACCGCAUUUUUAAUACCCACACAUUUUUAAUACAAAGUGAUAGAAUGACACAAUAUAGUUCCUUUUAGACUGAGAUUAACUCAAUGAAGUUAAACUGUAUUGCCAAUUUGUUUCAUUUUCUUUACAAUAAUUGUUUGGGCUACCAAUAAGUUUGGUAAAAGUACAAAUAAUAAACCCCAUGUUUAUUAUUUGCAGAAUUUUCCUUCAUUUUUAUUAAGGCUGUCAAUUCUGGAGCCCAUUGUAUGUGUACUGUCAUUGGUAGGUUUAACAACUGUACAGUUUCUAACAUUGGAAUAAUAAUACUUUGUUAAUAUUUUGACAUUUUUAUAUUGCGACCAAUGAUGUGACCAGUUUUCAUGGUGUGUGUGAGCACAUUUUUUAGAAAAGCAUGCCUUUCAUUCAUAUUUAUUUUCUUUUCAAAACCUAGUGCUUGUUGUUCUAGCAACCACAUAAUGUAAACUGUAUGCACAUUGUAAUAUACUGAUUUAAGGUCUCAGUCAUUUUUGUUCAGUUCAAUCAAGUGUUUCAUUCUGGAAUAAAAAAAUAAAAAAACAACAGAAGAA